UAAAGCCACGCACGCGUCCUCACCCACACGCAGAGAGAGAGAGAGAGAGAGGCUCUGAGUUGUUCGAAGGAACCGAAUCGAACCGAACCGAACCCUGGCGUCUCUGAGAAUUCAAAACAAUGAAUCUCCUCUGAAUGUAACUCUCUCAGAUUGGAUCCUCUGUUGUGUUAUCUUUAAUCUCAAAUUUUCUAUGAAUUUUGGUCCCUCGCACAGAAAUGACGGGAUUACCUCGCCCUCGUGAUCAAACCUCAUCUUCCUAUAAUUCUAACAGCAGUGGUAGCAAUGUAUUUAAUUUGCUUGCACGGAGAGAGAUUUCGCCCAGAACAAAGCACAUGGCAAAAUGGCAUUGGGGAGCAGCUUCUAAAUCAAAAUCUAGUUCCUGUUCUCGACCUAAAAAUGAAGUAGUGAGAGAUGCAAGGCGUGGCCUCCUCUCAUGGGUUGAGGCUGAGUCAUUGCGGCAUUUGACAGCUAAGUAUUGUCCUUUAUUGCCUCCUCCACGGUCAACAAUUGCAGCAGCAUUUAGUCCCGAUGGAAAGGUUCUUGCUUCCACUCAUGGUGACCACACAGUAAAGAUAAUUGAUUGCGAAAGUGGAAGUUGCUUAAAGGUAUUAGUUGGCCAUAGGAGGACGCCUUGGGUGGUUAGGUUCCAUCCGUUGCAUCCACAAAUACUUGCUAGUGGGAGCUUGGAUCAAGAAGUUCGUCUAUGGGAUGCUAAUACAUCAGAGUGCAUAAUAUCUCAUCAUUUCUAUCGUCCCAUUGCAUCCAUUGCUUUUCAUGCCAAAGGGGAAAUAAUUGCCGUUGCAUCAGGCCACAAGCUGUACAUAUGGCACUACAACAAGAAAGGCGAAGCAUCCUCACCAACAUUUGUGUUGAAGACAAAGCGCUCGCUUCGGGCUGUGCAUUUUCACCCGCAUGCUGCCCCGUAUCUUUUAACAGCCGAGGUAAAUGAUCUCGACUCUUCGGAUUCCUCAAUGACAGAGGCAACGUCUCUUGGUUAUUUACAAUAUCCUCCGCCUGCUGUUUUUGUCGCAAAUAUUCAUCAUACCGAACAUAUUAGUUUGUCCAGCGAACUACCUUAUCUGUCAAUACCUUUCUUCUUCAUGCCUUCAUAUACUGUUGAUGAAUCAAGAGCAGAACUGCAGCAUGCUAGUCAUGAUGUUGGCUCAGGUAGCAUGCAAAUUGAAUCUUCUGCCCUGAUGCAGCUUCAAGCAGAUACAAAUGCAACAGAGCAAUAUGAUACUACAGUGUCUCCCAUGGAUACAUUCUCCGAGAUGCCCGCUAGUUCUCAAACUGGUGCAGAAUAUCCUGCUCAUACUAUUUUCUCUAAUGGAAUGGGAAUUGGCAUCAGUAACCUCACAAUGGAUGGUAUGGAGACUGAUGAAAUUAGACCUGCAGAAGGAAGCCAACAUGGAAACUCCACUAAUACCCUUAAUGGUGUGUUACAUGGACUAUCUAGACAAACAGGAAAUCGUGGGGUUCUCUCAGAGUUUGGUCAAUUUCAUCAGUUUUUUCCUUCAAGAGACGCAAGUGGAUGGGAGUUACCUUUUCUGCAAGGAUGGUUAAUGGGUCAAAACCAAGUUGGCGUUCCCUCGGUGCUUCCUCACAUGGGUGUUAGUCGUGACAUUCUGGCCCAACAGGUUGGUUCUUCCGUGAUGGCAUCUAAUCUUUCUAAUUCUAAUGUUGAUGAAGCACCGUCAUCUUCAGCAAUUCCUGGCAGCAUCAGCAUACCUGGAUCUUCUAUGAGAUCAGGUUUACGGAAUAAUUUUUCACAAUCCCGUGUACCUGUAUCUGAAUCUGGGAAUCUUGCUGCUGCUAUCAAUAAUCCACAUGAUGGGUCUGAUAUCCAAGCCAUCAUAAAUCGAAUCCAGACAGAACUUACCACAUCAGUGGCUGCAGCGGCAGCUGCAGAGUUGCCUUGCACUGUGAAGUUAAGAGUAUGGUCGCAUGACAUAAAAAAUCCCUGUACCCCACUAAAUGCUGACAGAUGCCGUCUAACCAUACCACAUGCUGUCCUCUGCAGUGAAAUGGGUGCCCAUUUUUCACCAUGUGGUAGAUUUUUAGCUGCCUGUGUUGCAUGUAUGCUUCCUCAUAUAGAAGCUGAUCCUGGAUUACAAACUCCAGUACAUCAAGAGCCUGGCAUUGCAACAUCACCAACUCGGCAUCCAAUCUCCGCACACCAAGUUAUGUAUGAGCUGCGGAUAUAUUCCCUUGAGGAAGCAACAUUUGGAUUGGUGCUUGCUUCACGGGCAAUUAGAGCAGCUCAUUGUCUGACUUCAAUUCAGUUCUCACCUACAUCUGAGCACAUACUACUUGCCUAUGGUCGACGUCAUGGUUCUCUUCUUAAAAGUAUUGUCAUUGAUGGAGAAACAACAUUACCUAUAUAUACAGUGUUAGAGGUAUACAGAGUGUCGGAUAUGGAACUUGUUAGGGUGCUUCCAAGUGCAGAAGAUGAGGUCAAUGUGGCAUGCUUUCAUCCUUUUGCUGGGGGAGGACUAGUUUAUGGAACGAAGGAAGGAAAGCUUAGGGUCCUCCAGUAUGACGGUGCUCAGGCUGUGAAUAACAAUGGACCUAGUUACUUUCCUGAGGAGACCAUCAUUGGAGUCAAUCAGUGAGCAAGGUUUAGACAAAUGAUUGGAGAUGGAUUCAAUGAUCUGCUUCACAAUAUCUGUAAUACUCAGAUGCUCUGUCUCUGCUGAUGAUCUACACAAACUUAACACCAUAUCCAAUGCUGAGCACAUGCAACCGAGACCUGGAACUUCAUACUCACACUGCAUCAGAAAAUGUAUAUUUUUGUAUUAUCCAUUGUAUGAAUAUGUACUAAUGUUAUCCUUUGUUAACAUGUUUUGUAUUUUCUCUUUUGCUCCUCCAACCCUCCUCCCCCAACCCAUAAGUGGGCAUCUUCCUUUCUACACGUGUAUCCUGUUCAGUAGUUCAGAAAAAAGAAAAAAGAAAUAGAUUAUUUUGUCUUCGGGAAAUUCUCUUACUUUCCAGGACAUGGCACUGAAUUACAGCAUGCUGACGCCAGGCAUUAUUCUCAGAUUAGCCUGUA